AUCCCACCCAUAGUUCCUUUCCAGCUAGACCCGAAGCAAUUUCCCAUUCUACUUCUAUUUUUAGGACUCAGACUCGAGAGGAACAUGACACACCUAAUACUACUAUCUUUCUGUGCAUGUAAUAAUUGCCAGCUAACCUAAGAGAAGCUCUUCUUUCUCUUACCAAGCCCACUUUCUUGAACUCUUCAAAUGUUUUCUGAAAAUUCUGAACAGAAAGGUGUGUUAAGUUCAGGGUUCUUAAAUUUUGAGUAUUUUGGACACACUCAGAUAAAGAGCAAGCCAAAUACCCCUAGUUCAUUGUACCCUAGGCCAAAAUUUGGUGAAGUCUCAUUAAUGCACUUAACUUAAUUCCGACCCUUUUCAUCUAUUAGUAUAUAUAUCAAUUUCAUGACUGUUGAAAAAUGUCCAUUUCUAGUCAAGGUCCAGAUCUUGUAUUUCUUUAUUCUUUACAACUGAGCAUUAUUUGUUUCAAGAGCAGUAGUCUAUAAGACUAUAACUCUAUAAGUGGUAAAAGAUGAGAUCAAAGGGUUUCAAGAUUUGAUCCAGGGAAAUAUAAUGCUGGGGUGGCUUUGCUGGAAGCAUGAAAAGAAUAGAGAUCUUGCUUCAAUUCAAGGGAAACAUUUCUACUGACCCAUUCAGUAGUUUGAGUUCUUGGGAUGCUGGUAAAGACCCUUGCCAAGAUUACAGUGGUGUGUUCUGUAAUUCAGAUGGAAAUGUAGUAAAGAUUCUGUUGUAUAAUACUGGGCUUGUGGGAGUGCUUUCUCCUGCUUUGUCAGAGUUGAAAUCCUUGCGCAGUCUUACAUUGUUUGGGAAUGGAUUUACUGGAAUUAUUCCCAGGGAUUAUGGCAAAAUUGAAUCUUUACGGAAGAUUAAUUUGAGCUCAAAUGCUUUAUCUGGCUCAAUCCCAGAAUUUCUUGGGGAUCUACCAAAUUUACGUUUUCUUGAUCUGUCCAGAAAUGAGUUCUCAGGGAAGAUUCCUUCUGGAAUGUUCAACAGUUGUAGAAAAGCACGGUUCAUCUCGCUUUCAAAUAACCACCUUUCUGGUCCGAUUCCUGCAGCAGUUGGGAACUGCCAGAGUUUGGAAGGGCUGGAUUUAUCUUUUAACAGGAUUACUGGUAUUUUACCUUCACAAGUUUGUGGUAUACCUGGAAUGGUAUACUUGUCUUUGAGAAGCAACCUGCUCGAUGGAAGUGUUCAAGAACAGUUCUCCUCCUGUCAAAGGUUAGAGCUUUUGGAUCUUGGAAACAACAAUUUUACUGAAUCAGCCCCUUUUGAGGUCCUUUCUUUGGCGAACCUUACAUAUUUCAAUAUUUCAAGUAACCAGUUUCAGGGUGGGAUUCAGAAUAUUGAAGUAUGUAGUCAAAGGUUAGAGGUUCUGGAUCUUUCAGGGAAUGACUUUAGUGGAGAAAUUCCGCCAAAUAUUGCAAAAUGCAGUUCACUGAAGUAUAUGGACUUGGGAUAUAAUAGGCUUACUGGAACUAUACCAGUUGAGAUUGCAGAUCUUGAAAACCUUGUGCUUAUUCGCUUGGCGAGUAAUUCUAUUACAGGCACAAUCCCUGCCUCGUUAGGAAGUAUAGAGUGGCUUGAAGUUCUGGAUUUGAGUAAUCUCCGCCUUGGUGGUGAAAUCCCUGACCAGAUAUGCAACUUCAGGUUUCUUCUUGAGAUGGAUAUCUCAGAGAACCUCAUAAAGGGGAAGAUUCCACAAAAGCUAUACAACAUGUCAUACCUAAAGAUUCUUGACUUGCACCACAACCAGAUUGAUGGGAGAAUCCCCGCAACAAUAGGGAAUCUGUCGAACUUGAAUUAUUUGGACUUGUCAGAAAACCAGCUAAGUGGUUCAAUCCCGAAUACUCUUGGGAACUUGAGACACUUAACUCAUUUCAAUCUAUCAUACAAUCUUCUAUCUGGAGAGAUCCCUUCAAGUAAGACCAUCCAGAAUUUCGGGCCCUUAGCCUUCUCAAACAAUACUAAUCUCUGUGGUUUUCCGCUUCAUUCAUGCUCUAACGCUUCUCUAAAAGGCGGGAAGCCCAAGUUGAGUGCUUCUGCAAUGGUUGCCGUUGUUGCUGCGUCUGUAAUUCUAACUGGUGUCAUCAUAAUAACCAUUAUCAACAUGAAGGCUAGGAAAAGGAGGAGAAGACUAGAGCAGACAAUGAUUGUUGAAACCACUCCACUUGCUUCAUCUGAUUCAAAUGUCAUUAUUGGAAAACUUGUUCUUUACAACAAAAGUUUGCCAUCGAAGUAUGAGGCAUGGGAAGCUGGCACAAAAGCCUUGCUUGACAAGGAGUGUCUGGUUGGUGGGGGGUCAAUUGGAACAGUUUAUAGAGCCAGCUUUGAAAAUGGGAUUUCAAUAGCUGUUAAAAAGCUGGAAACUUUAGGAAAAAUCAGAAAUCAAGAUGAGUUUGAACAAGAAAUCGGACGGCUGGCAAACCUUGAACAUCCCAAUAUCGUCCAUUUACAAGGCUACUACUGGUCUUCUAAUAUGCAAUUAAUAAUGUCAGAAUUUGUUCAAAAUGGAAAUCUAUGUGAUAAUCUACGUGGACAUAAUUAUCCAGGAACCAGCAAUGGUAUUGGCAACCCUGAAUUGAAUUGGCCUAGAAGAUUCCAGAUUGGACUAGGAACAGCAAAGGCACUUGCUUUCCUUCACCAUGACUGCAACCCUUCUGUUCUUCAUCUCAAUGUGAAGUCCACUAAUAUACUGCUGGAUGAAAACUAUGAGCCCAAACUAUCUGAUUAUGGUUUGGGAAAGUUACUCCCACUUCUUGACAAUUACGGACGAACCAAAUCCCAUAAUGCGGUUGGGUAUAUUGCUCCAGAGUUAGCUCAGGGUAUUCGAGUCAGCAACAAGUGUGAUGUUUAUAGCUUUGGAGUUGUGCUGUUGGAGUUGGUUACAGGGAGGAACCCCGUGGAGAGUCCAUCGGCAAAUGAGGUUGUGGUUUUGUGUGAAUAUGUUAGGCGCUUGAUAGAUAGAGGUGCUGCUACGGACUGUUUUGAUACAAUUUUGCGUGGGUUUGUAGAAAAUGAGUUGAUUCAAGUAAUGAAAUUAGGGUUGGUUUGUACUUCUGAAAUACCUGCUCGAAGGCCAAGCAUGGCUGAGGUUGUCCAGGUUCUUGAGUCUAUCAGAAAUGGUUAAGAGUCAGAAGAGGCAGAUGCAUGACUUGAACUACCAUAAGUAUUUUUUAUAUAUAUAAAAUGCUACGUCAUAUUCUUUGUAUUUAUUUUUGGAAGAAAAUAUUCCAUUUGUGAAUCAUAACUCAUAAUUUCCUUCUUUUCGUGCACGACUAAGAUUUCUUGUUGCUUCUCAUCUCUUCUGGUCACUUAUCUGGUGAAAAUCAUCUGGAACUUGUAAAGAAAGGAUCGGAUAAGUAGUCAGGCAGAGUAUGAGUGACAAAAAAAUCUAUGGUUGUGCACCAAAAGUGGAAAAGUGAAAGUUGAGAAUCAAAAGGGAUGACUAAAUAGUCGUGGGGGCAAAAGUAGAGUGUUUUCAUUUUGGAAUUGUGUAUCAACUGUAUUUUGAAUUCCAAAAUAAGGCCCUUCUUAACCGUAUAAGUUGUAACUAGUGGAACCCGGCCACUUGAAUAAGGAAAUUGGAAUUUCUCUUAUGCUGUUAUGCAUAUAGACAAUAUCUAUAUUCACACAUAUGCCAAGUAUUUCAUUACAUUUGAAUGUAGUAAUUGUGCGCAGCAGUGAGGGCAUGGAGGGACAUUGUCAAAGAAGCAAUAAGUAGGCUUCUCAUAAUUUUGGAACCAGCUUUUGUGAUCUAAUUUCACAUUAUCUGACACUGGUAAUGACCUAAAAGAGCUUUCUAGUGUUAAAUGUGAGUUUGAGUUGUUCUGUAAGCGCAAGUCUAAUUUCAUCAAAAAAUGGAGAGUGAAGUUGAACAAAUUCUGUAACUGUAAGUUAGAAACAUGUAUGUAAGUUAUCACAGGAGAAUUAUCUCCAUUGAAUUGUUUUUCUGUUUGCUUAAUGGUUUCACUGAUCUUUGAAAUCUAUUUUCCCCUACUUGUUUAGCUCAAUAGGCAUAUUUUUGAUCAGGUAGAUUAGUCAUUAGUAG